AUGUCGCGCCAAUUCGAUCCUACCUUCACUCCCGGCGUUAUCAACGCCAUGGGACCCAAGACCCCCGAGCGUGCUCGCGUGGUCUUGGGAUCGUUGAUCAAGCACAUCCACGACUUUGCCCGUGAGGUCGAGCUCACCCCGGCCGAGUGGAUGCUCGGUGUCGAAUUUGUCAACUCUAUUGGUCAGAUCAGCACACCCAUUCGCAACGAAUGCCAUCGUGUAUGCGACGUUAUCGGUCUCGAGUCACUCGUCGACGAGAUUGCAAACAAAAUCAUCACCGAGCAAGGCCUCUCCCCCACAUCUAAUGUCAUUUUGGGACCCUUCUGGUCGCCCAACGCUCCCUUCCGCGAGCUCGGCGACAGCAUUAUCCAAAACACCAACCCCAACGGCAAAGUAACCUAUAUGCACGGAAUUAUCAAGGACAUGGAAACCGGUAAGCCCAUCGAGGGCGCCGUGCUCGACAUCUGGCAAGCCUCCGCCAACGGCAAAUACGACUUCCAAGACCCCGAGCAAACCGAGAACAACCUCCGCGGAAAGUUUGUGUCGAAUGCCAAUGGAGAGUUCUACUGGUACUGCUACCACCCAACCCCAUACUCGCUGCCCACCGACGGCCCCGCCGGUGUUUUGCUGAAUAUCAUGGACCGCUCGCCCAUGCGUCCUGCCCACAUUCACCUUAUGAUCACACACCCCGACUACGCCACUAUCAUCAACCAGAUCUACCCCAGCGACGACCCACAUCUCACCAUCGACUCCGUCUUUGCCGUCAAGGACGACCUUGUAGUGGACUUCAAGCCCAAGACCGAUGACCCCAAGGCUCAGCUCGAUCUUGAAUAUAACGUCAAAAUGGCUCUGAAGAAGCACCACCCCAACCCCAACUCGGCGCCCCCAGUGUCGUCAUUUGAGCGCUCUCGCAAGACUGCCGAGGAAAAGCUUUAA